CCUACAGCCUCGUAGUGAUCCAUCAACGAGACGCCCUACCUACCGUUGACCGACGUAGACCCAACCACAUCGGCCAACACUGCGCAGCCAUGCCUUACGCCGAGCCCACAUCCCCCGUGUCUCCCAUCAACUCGUCAGGUUUCUCGUCACUCCUGCACUCUCCCCGGUCCGAAUCGAUAAGCUUUCCGGGCGCAGCACAGCCGCAAGGUUCGAACCUGCUGAGCAAGGUCGAGGCCCAGAAAGCCUUGCAGCGCGCAUUGAUGGAGGUCGAAGGGCAGCGCGCAGAGACGCAGAACGAGGAUCAGGUGGAGAUGAUCAAGGACGAGACGCCUAGGGAGAAGGAGGACGGUCAUACAUCCCGACCAGGUUGGUCUAGGCGUCAUCACUACUCGGGGUCCAUCACACCAUCACAUUCGGGACCCUCGACGCCGACGGUCUUGCCCCGACGAAAUACUUCGAGCAGGAACGGGUCAAGGCAGACGUCCCCGUUAGCCACGCCGAUGAGCUUUGAAGUUACCAGCCCACUCGCUACGGCCUCGACGUCGACGUCCAAUUCGCUACCCAGGAGGACCAGCAACAACCAUGUCAGCCCAUCUCAUGGGCAGAUGAUGAGCGGGGUCGACCGGCGUGGGGGCAAGAAGAGCGAUACUCUCGGUCUCCGCGGGAUCUCCAGGCCCGUCAGGGAAUCACAAAGCUCUGUGUCGACGCUCGAUACGGACGGUCCCACUACCCCGAUGGACGAGAUCACCUUGAGUCUACAACGAUAUGCCGCCGAGCAGGAGGCGGCGGAGAAACGCAAACGCCAUACCAGGGGUCGGACGACGAGUCAAGACCUCGAUGUCAGCGUGGAUAUGGACGAUUCGCAUUCGACAACGAGGGUGGACGGUCUGCCCAGGCGAAGAUCGUAUGACCGUACGCCUAGUCGAGAUCGAACGCCGGAUGCGACGGGAUUGCCGCCCAAGGAGAAAGAGUCGGUCAUCCCGUUCCCCAAGUCCGGUGCUGCUGCCGAGCAAGAGCCAGCCGCGCUCGUGCCAACCCCCGCAAGUCCGUUGAAAUCGAAUGCGGCGAUUCAUCGAGUGAUCAAUCCUCGACACGCCACCCGCUCCGGACCUAGCCUUGGCCUUCGUCGACAACCGUCCUCCUCCUUGCAACUCGACAUUCCCGCCACACCACCCAUCAACUACCACGAUCUCGACUCGGGCAGUUCGACACCAUACGCAUCGACAUGGGAGGGCAACCGUCCGACCUCGUCGAUGAUCAGGAAAAAGAGUGGAGAGCUGGUCAAGCCUUCACUCAAGGUCAGGUCUCAGUCGACACCUCACUUGCCGUUGCGAGGCGAUAUGAUGGGAUCGAAGAGCGAACCGGCCACCCCUGCUCCGGCCGAGGAUGAUCGUGAUUUCGGCUCGGAUCGACACAAGAACGUCAGAUUCGCUGGAUCUUCUGGUGACCAGGGAGCGAGGUUGGAAAGCGUCGUGCUCUUCCUCCGUGAACAAAAAGUCACCGCCGUAAGCAAAACAGCAGACGGCGAGGAAGGGAUGUACCCACCAACAGAAACCGAGACCGAAGCCGAUACGGACGCACGAGAGUAUGCCGCUUUUAGGAGGAAAAGAAACGCUGCGCUUCAGUCUCAGGACGAAGGGGAGAAGUUUGCAUUCGGGGAUAGGUCGAGCGUCGUACCCAAGGUCAGGCUCGACUUUUCGCCGAUGAGCAACUCGGGCGGGUUGAAGGACCACAAUGUAAUCCUGGAACGGGCAGAGAUGUCUUCUGCAUCGGAGCCGGUCGCUCUAAGAGGGACAAUCUUGGUCAGAAACGUCGCUUUCCAGAAAUGGGUUGCUGUUCGAUUCACCAUGGACGAUUGGCAGACCGUUUCGGAAGUGUCCGGUAUUCACCUCGUCCACAUUCCCGGCUCGACUACCGGCGAUGAAGGCUGGGAUCGAUUCAGCUUUUCGAUCAAACUCGAAGACUUCCGCCGCAAGUUGGAAGAGAAGCGGUUGAUGAUGUGCAUCCGCUUUUCGGUCGAAGGCAAGGAAUGGUGGGACUCGGGCGUCAAUGGCGGCAACUAUAACUUUACGUUCAAAAAAUACAAGCCGGUCCGCAGACAGAGGGCGAUGUUUGAAGUCGGAGGUGAUGCAGACUCGCCCCCCAUUAGGCAGGCCGCUUUAUCGACACCGCCAGUGCCAGGGAUGCGAGCUUCUGGAUUCGGUCGCGCGACAGGUUGGAAUUUCCCAGGGAUGGGCAGCCCGAGCAGUUCGCCUUCGAAAGGCGUUCUUGGUCAAUCGAACCGGCCUUCGCCUCCGGCUCCUUCCCCCGCUGCACCGAGUCCUGACACCCCAGCCUUCCGAAACACAUCGUUCCAAGCACCUGCCAUGCCGGACGUGCACGAACACCUUUCGCUCAAGGGUUAUUGUGCGCCUAGUCCCCUUUUCUUGUCGCCAUCCAAGGAAGACGUCCCCAUCGUCAAAACCCCCACCAAGGAUGAGGCGGAACCACCCCGAGGCCGUCCGCUCAGCAUCGUUUCCACCGACAAGCCUGCUAUGCUUACCCCCGAGGGUGCCCGUAGUGGCAAGGGCCACGAACGAAGACGAAGCUGGGGUGGCGAGGUCGUCGAUGACAGUCAGCCCGUGUGGACCGAGCCCACCGAAGCAAGCUCGCCUCCGGUCGCGGGUGAUGCUGGGAAUACUAGGAGCCGAAACGACAAGGUGGAUUUUCACAAGGUUGACCCCGAAGCGCCCUUGAGCCCGGCCGUCCACGGCUUAGACCUAUUUUCUCCUCCUUCUUCGGCUCUCUCCACUCCUCCCCUUGGUAACAGUUUGCAAGUCACCCCAGAGUCUCCGUUGACCGAUAGCACGUCGCCGAGCGUGACCCCGAGUCCGCCUCGUUCGAUCGUGAUCCUUCCCGAGGUGGUCAUUGAUGGGAACGAAAGGGACCGACACCUGGAAGAUCGAGCUCGGGCGAUGCAGGCGAGCGAUAACAGCGGUAUUCAUUCGCCGGGAUACAAGGAAUUCGUGGAAAAGUUUUGCUUCUUCCAGUCACGGGCUCCGAUCUCGUCUCCUGUUCAAUCCCGAUGCACGACACCCACAGGGAUGCCACCCAUACACCGUCCCUUCAACCCGUUCGGACCUGAAUACGCCAACCUCGCGACGAGCAGUCAACACACGACCCCGACCGGACAUGGACUGGCUAGCGACAACUACUUUGGCUACCAGCCGUCCUCGUGGGGCCGCCACCAUUCGGGAUCGAGCGGGGGCAGCUCGACCUCUGGCUCUGGUACCCCUAACUUUGGCGGAAGGGGUAGCUUUACGACAAAUUUUGUGACCUCUCAUUAGGAGCGACGAUGUGGAUCCAUUCCUCACAUCCGCCACACACAGGAUUCGCUCAUCUCUACCUGUCUCUCCGCUACAUGGUCUCUUCUGAAGGACGAGGCGAGACGGACCGAAUCGCGAUACACUAUCUUCCUCUCUUCGAAUCACCAGGCUGUAGCAACGAGGAUCUC